CAAGGCGGUGUGUGUUUUCAGUGGUGAGUUCUAGGCUUUGCUGCAGAAGUGGGAGAGCUCUCAUGAAGCCACAGGGCUGUGAGAUAGAAGCCAAGGGCAUCAGCUACCAGAUCUCCGUCCCAGGGAGAUCCCACCCUUUGAAGAAGAUAUGGAGUAGAGAAGAAGAAGAGCAGGGUGGUGGUGCGUUGAGCCACCACCCUGGGCCAUUCGGUGAGGUGGAGAACGCUCCGGCGAAUGACAAGGCCUGCGAGAAGUUUAGAGUGCGGUUUGUGCUGAAGAACGUCAGCUGCCGCGCCAAGCCGUCGGAGAUCCUUGCGAUCGUCGGGCCCAGCGGCGCCGGUAAGUCCACAUUGCUCGAGAUACUCGCGGGGAAGAUAACCCCGCCGGCGCCGCCGACCAUCCUGAUCAACCAGCGGCCGGUGGAUAAGUCCGACUUCCGCAGGAUCUCUGGCUACGUCACGCAGCAGGACACCCUGUUUCCCCUGCUGACGGUGCGGGAGACACUCAUGUUCAGCGCCCGCCUCCGCCUCGGCUGCGGCGGCGACCGCGGUCUCUCCCGUUCUCAGCUGAGCGCCCGGGUGGAGUCCCUCCUCCGGGAGCUUGGCCUGGGCCGCGUGGCUGACGCCCGCGUGGGUGACGAUGCCCGAGUCAGGGGCAUCUCCGGCGGCGAGCGCCGGAGGGUCUCCAUCGGAGUUGACGUCGUCCACGACCCGCGAAUACUCAUCCUCGACGAGCCGACGUCGGGGCUGGAUAGCACGUCGGCGCUGCAGAUCGUCGACAUGCUCAAGGUCAUGGCCGAGACCCGAGGCCGCACCAUCAUCCUCAGCAUCCACCAGCCAGGGUUCCGCAUCGUCAAGCUCUUCGGCUCCGUCCUCCUCCUCGCCGACGGGGCCGUCCUCCACCACGGUACGAUCGACCAGCUCCACUCCCACCUCCGCUCCGUCAGCCUCGAGCUCCCCCACCACGCUAAUGUCCUUGAGUUCGCCAUCGACUCCAUCGAGACCCUCCGUCGCUCGCAAUCACAGCAUCACCAGCAGCAAGAACCACCGGCGAACAGAGCGCCACCAUUCCAAUUGCCCAAGAAAAUAGUCGAGGGAGCUGAAGGCAAGAGAGACAGGUGCACCCUGCAGCAGCUCUUUCAGCAGCACAAGGUGGUCGACGAGGAGUCGCUCGCCGGGCUCGACCUCGAUGACCUGUCCUACGAUUACGCCAACUCGAGGCUACGGGAGAUCGCCAUCCUCACCCACCGCUUCUCGAAGAACGUACUGCGGACCAAGCAACUGUUCGCAUGCCGGACGAUCCAAAUGCUCGUCUCCGGCCUCGUCCUCGGCUCCAUAUUCUACCAUCUCAUGGACGAAAACAUCAGAGAACGAGUGGGCCUCUUCGCCUUCAUCUUAACAUUCCUGCUCUCCUGCACCACAGAAGCUCUGCCGAUCUUCCUUGAAGAAAGGGAGAUCUUGAUGAAGGAGACAUCGAACGGGAGCUACCGAGUCUCCUCGUACGUGAUAGCCAACGGGCUCGUCUUCCUUCCGUUCCUCUUCGUCCUCGCCGUACUCUUCUCGGUGCCGGUCUACUGGCUCGCAGGGCUCAGACCGAGCUUCUCGGCCUUCAUGUACUUCUUGCUCUUGAUAUGGCUAAUCCUGUACACCGCGAACUCGGUGGUGGUCUGUUUCAGCGCUCUCGCCCCCAACUUCAUCAUCGGCAACUCGAUCAUCGCGGGUCUCAUGGGCACCUUCUUCCUCUUCUCCGGGUACUUCAUAUCGAAGCAGUGGAUGCCGAGCUACUGGGUGUUCAUGCACUACAUCUCCUUGUUCAAGUACCCAUUCGAAGGAUUCCUCAUCAACGAGUUCUCCGGCUCCGACCAUUGCUUGGCGAAUGGGUUCGGGGUGUGCCUGCUGAGAGGGGACGACGUGCUGAGGGAGGAAGGAUUGAGGAAGGAGUGCAGGUGGAAGAACGUGAUGAUGAUGGUGUGCUUCAUCUUGGCUUACAGGUUCUUCUCCUACCUCAUACUCAGGUGCAGGUGCCGGUGCGUGCACAAGGGUGGGCUGAGACGAGCCUUGAUCUGAGGCAAAGCCAUGUAACUUUCUCUCUCUCUCUCUCUCUCUGUCUCUCACACACAAGCACACUCUUUUGUGUCGUUUCUAUUGUCCUAAUCAAAAUACUGUUUUCUCCAGCAAUAAUGUUGAUCGAUCCAUAUGGCUUUCUUUUUUCUUUUA